GUCUGUUAAAUGGCAGAUGUUUCCAGCUCAUUCUAAGUCGUGCACACUAUAUAUAACCAUCACAAACCGCCAAUACCCCACACCAACACAACCUAAACCCUUCACUUUCAUAACCUCUUCUAAAACAGACAUGGUGGCAGAAGAAGUCAACAAGGUGGAGGUUCAACCCGAGUGUCCGGCGGAGCCGCCACCACCACCGACCGCGGUGGACGACAACAAAGCUCUUCCUGUUCCUGAACAAAAGCCCACCGAUGAAGCCGUGGUUGAAAAAUUAGAAAAGCCAAUUGAGGAGAAACCCAAAGAAGGUUCUAAGCACAGAGAUGAAGUUCUUGCGCGCGUAGCAACGGAGAAGAAAGAUGCACUCGUCAAAGCAUGGGAAGAAAGUGAGAUAUCAAAAAUCGAAAACCGAGCCCAGAAGAAGCUAGCUGCCAUUACAGCAUGGGAGAACAGCAAGAAAGCAGAGCUAGAAGCUGAAUUGAGAAAGAUUGAGGAGAAACUGGAAAAGAAGAAGGCUAAGUACAUAGAGAAGAUGAAGAACAAAAUAGCUCUCUUACACAAAGCAGCAGAAGAAAAGAGAGCAAUCACCGAAGCUAAACGCGGAGAAGGUGUUUUGAAAGCAGAGGAAUUAGCCGCCAAGCGUCGGGCUACUGGAUUGUCUCCGAAGAAACUAACACGAUGGUUUUCGAGCUAAACAUUUCAUAUAAUUGUAUGUUUUCUGAAAAGUUUGCAUUCAUGUUUUUCCAUCAUUUUGUGUGCUUUUGUGUGUAGAACUGUAACCUGUUUGUAACAAAAGUUUGAAAGUGACAUUUAUAUCAUCAAGUUUUCGACUA